AACCAUUCUUUAUUGAAGAUCAAACCCGUUUAGUCAUUAAUACAUUAAACGCAUUUAGAGAUACGCGAAAUUUCGAACGUACAACCCCGAACAUUAAUAUUGAAGAAAUUGAGAACGAUUCGGACGAUUAUUAUUCUGAAACAAGACAUUCAGAAGAAAACGAGAAAAAUUUAAUUAAUAACAAUCUUUUCGAAGAACAAGGAACCCCAUCACCACAAUAUCAAACUCAAACACCAACUCCAGAACCAGAAGAAGAUGAAAUGGCAAACAUAGACACC